UGUAAUUAUAAACAAUUUUCAUUUCGGUUUCUUUCUUUCUUGGAGUCAACAAGAAAAAUUCAGAAUCAGUCGCCACAAGUUCGCCAUGUGUAGCUGAUCACUUUUUCGUAUACAUAUAGUUUUAAAAGUGAAAAUAAAGAAAAGAUGAUUAUAGAACGUAACAUGUAUUUACUUUUGGCAUUUUUGAGUAAACAUUUUUUGUUUUCCAAAGCGCAGUACGAAAUAUGGAGUAGAAAGGGAUACGAUAACGAUAAAUAUAGUUUAUCUAAAACAAUACAAAUAGGUUUAGUUACUGAUCAGUAUAGUACAGAAAUGGGUCUCAUUUUUGAGCAUGCAAUUGAAGUAGCCAAUGCCGAAAUAAAAAUACCUCUGAAAGUUAUAAAAGAGGAGGUGAAUUAUGGAGAUUCCUUUCAAGCUUAUAGCACAUUAUGCAAACUAUUACAGAAUGGUGUAGGUGGAAUUUUUGGUCCCUCUUCUAAACACACUGCUAGACACUUGACCACAAUUUGCGAUGCAAAGGAUGUGCCCUAUUUCUUUUCAGAAAUGAAUGAAAACCCAGAGGCUUUCAACUUAUAUCCCCAUUCUUUGGACUUUUCAAAAGCUUUAUAUUUUUUGCUCGAUGCUUACAAGUGGUCGCGUUUUAUUUUUUUAUAUGAGUCUGUUGAGUAUCUUAAUAUACUAAAUGGGCUCCUAUCAUAUUAUGGCAAUAAUGGCCCGACUAUAACGGUUUUGCGUUAUGACAUGGAGAUGAACAACAAUUAUAAGUCUGUUUUGAGACGGGUGAAAAAAUUAGGGGAUAAUCACAUUGUCGUUACUGGCUCUUCUGACACAAUGCCAGAAUUUCUAAAACAGGCUCAGCAGGUUGGCAUUAUGAAUGAGGACUAUAAGUACAUUAUCGCAAAUUUAGAUUUCCACGCUUUUGAUCUUGAAGAAUAUAAAUACACAGAAGCGAACAUAACAAGCUUUAGAUUGUUUUCCCCGGAACAGAAAGCGAUUCAGGAAAUUAUGGAGAAGAUGGGACACAAAUCUUCGUUAGAAGAUUUAAGAAAUGGAUCUUGUCCUAUAACUGUUUCCAUGGCUUUAACAUAUGACUCGGUUCAACUAUUUGCGGAAACUACAAAACAUCUUACAGUACGAAAUAUACCUUUGAAUUGUAGUGAUCGCAGUGAAAGUGUUCUGGAUGAUGGUUCUUCAUUUAAAAAUUACAUGAGAACGCUGAAGCUUCAGAAAAGAACGUUAACUGGACCGAUAUACUUUGAUGGGAAUGUACGGAAGGGUUUUACUUUAGAUAUAAUUGAAUUACAACCAUCUGGAAUUAUAAAAAUUGGAACCUGGGACGACAUUUCAAACCUAACCAUACAGCGUGUGGCGCAGACAAAUUCUGUAAUCGACAAUGUCGACAAUUCGCUGGCCAAUAAAACAUUUGUUGUAUUACUGAAUGUCCCGAACAAACCCUACGCUAGCUUAGUAGAAAGCUAUGAAAAACUAGAAGGAAAUAGCCAAUAUGAAGGUUAUGGCGUUGAUCUUAUAAAAGAGUUAGCACAAAAGCUUGGUUUUAAUUUCAUCUUAAAAGAUGGCGGUAACGAUUACGGAUCUUAUAAUACUACAACAAAUAUGGGUUCUGGAAUGUUAAAAGAAAUUAUUGAUGGGAGAGCACAUUUAGCCAUAACAGAUUUGACAAUAACAGCAGCACGUCAACAAGGUGUCGAUUUCUCCAUACCCUUCAUGAACUUAGGCAUAGCAAUUAUACACGUAGAGCCACAAAAAGACACGCAAGCAUUCUUUACAUUUAUGGAUCCAUUUUCACAAGGAGUUUGGUGGCUUUUGGGACUUUCUUUUCUUUUUGUUUCAUUCAGUUUUUUUAUAUUGGGACGUCUUUCACCUUCAGAAUGGGAUAAUCCUCAUCCCUGCAUUGAAGAACCAUCACAAUUAGUAAAUCAAUUUACUAUAGGAAAUUCUUUAUGGUUUACUACUGGCGCUCUACUGCAACAAGGUUCCGAAAUGGAACCAAAAGCCAUUUCCACUCGCACCGUAGCUUCUAUUUGGUGGUUUUUCACUUUGCUUAUGGUUUCAUCUUACACUGCAAAUUUAGCCGCUUUUUUAACCAUUGAAGAUCCAACUAGUAUUAUUAACUCCAUAGAAGAUCUCGUUAACGAAAAAGUAGCAUACGGUGCAAAAAAGAUCGGUUCAACGAGAGAAUUUUUCGAGAAAUCAGAGGAUCCUCGUUAUAUUAAAAUGAACAAUUUCAUGAAUGCUAAUCCUAAAUAUUUGACAGAUUCUAACACGGAAGGUGUCAAUCGCGUAGAUAAAGGAUAUGCGUUCUUGAUGGAAUCCACUUCAAUUGAAUAUCACACAAUGCGCAUGUGCAAUUUGAGUAAAAUUGGUAAUGCAUUGGAUGAAAAAGGAUAUGGUAUAGCAAUGAAGAAAAACUGGCCUUACCGCGACAAAUUCAACAAUGCUUUGCUUCAAUUGCAAGAACAGGGCACAUUAGAGAAGAUGAAGAAUAAAUGGUGGAAUGAAGUAGGUGCCGGUAUUUGCUCUUCCGGUAAGCAACGUAGUGAAGACACCGAGCUAAAAAUGGAGAAUUUAUCAGGUAUUUACAUAGUCUUGGGUGUAGGAAGUGCCCUGGCAUUUGUUUAUGGAAUAGUUAUUUGGUUUUAUUAUAUCCACACAAAGGCGAGACAUUAUAACUUACCAAUGAGAGAAGUAUUUGUAGAAGAAUUAAAGUUUGCGCUGGAUUUUAAUAGCUAUACGCGAGUUCUUAAAAAUACUGCUUCAAUGUAUUCUUGCGGACGCGAUUCUAUUCCAUCUGUCUCAUCUACACAAGACCAUAAAUCACUAAAACAUUAA